AGUUAUUCUUUGAACAAUUUCACGAUUUCCAAGAAUCACAGCAACCGGCAACAAAUGUUGAAAUAUUUUAGAAUUGGAUGGUGACACUUAAUUCAUCCAAAUUUUGAUGUGAGGAUGCAGUAAACCAUACAAAAUUAUACUACAGACAAAAGCCAUUGAAGCUUGUUAGAUUUGAUGAUAAACAUUUGAUUUAUAUGAAAAAUGUCUCUAAUGGCAAGUACAGACGUUGCAGCUCUAGCUUCUGAUUUAGCUAGAGCUGUUGAGUUAGCUAUGAGUGUAGAAGCAUCUCAUUCUGACAGGCACCGAGCAUACAAUGCUUGUGAAAGCUUCAAAGAAAAUUCACCACUAUGUGCUGCAGCAGGGUUGUACUUGGCUGCAGGUUCUGAACAUUCCCUCACUUCAAGGCAUUUUGGUCUGCAGUUAAUGGAACAUAUGGUUAAAUAUAGAUGGACACAAAUAUCCCAACAAGAAAAAAUUUUCAUAAAGGAAAAUGCUAUGAAGUUAUUAUCUGCUGGGGGAGUUAGUGAUGAACUUCAUAUGAAAGAUGCCUUGAGUCGAGUCAUUGUAGAAAUGGUCAAGAGGGAAUGGCCCCAGCAAUGGCCUAGCCUUUUGUCUGAAUUGAGUGAUGCAUGUGCUUGUGGUGAAGUACAAACAGAAUUGGUUCUUUUAGUGUUCCUACGCCUUGUUGAAGAUGUAGCCUUGUUACAGACAUUAGAAUCUAAUCAGAGGAGAAAGGAUAUUUAUCAUGCGCUGACAGCCAAUAUGGCAAUUAUUUUCGAUUUUUUUCUAAGACUAAUUGAAUUACAUGUAAGUCAGUUCAGGCUGUGCUGUGAAACAAAUAACUCUAGCAAAGGUGUAUCACAUGGACGAGUGGUGAAGAUGGUGCUUUUAACUUUAACUGGUUUCGUAGAAUGGGUAUCAAUGGUGCACAUAAUGAAUCAAAACGGCAGGUUACUACAGAUUCUCUGUUUACUUUUAAACGAUGAAUCGUUUCAAUAUCCCUCGGCAGAAUGUCUUUCUCAGAUCGUUAACAGAAAAGGAAAAGUUGAAGAACGAAAACCUCUACUGCUUUUAUUUACUGAGGAACCUAUUCAAUGUCUAGUAGCUGCUGCUAAGAACCCUGGUAGUUCUGGAAAUGAACAGCAUUACCUUUUUAAAAAAAAAUUGGUACAGGUUUUAGGAGGUCUUACAACACAAAUUUGCAGCCUUUGGGGUAAAGACGGCUGGACCAGACCACCCAACUUCUCCAUGUUCCUAGAGGCCAUUCUUGCUUUCAGUAGUCACCAGAGUUUAACACUCGCCCAUCUGGCAAAUCCGAUAUGGAACUGCAUGCUCAAACAUGACCAGAUAUCCAGAGAUCCGAUGUUUCUUUCUUGCAUUCCCCAGUGGGUGCAAUGCACCGCACCAAAAAUAAUUAAGUUCAUUUAUCCCUCUGCCAAAACACCACAGUCUGACCUUAGUCCGAGUGCCACAUAUGCUAAAUAUGAUUUCGAUAGCGAAGAAGAAUUUUCUACUCAUUUCUAUAGAUGUCGGGCCGAUUUCCUUGAUAGUUUCAGGCACGCUACAAUAGUAGCUCCGUUAGUCACUUUCAACUAUGUGGAGCAGUGGCUCAUCAAAUGUCUGCAAGUUCCCAAUCUAACGACCAAUAUAAACCAGACGGAUCCAGUCUUUCAGGAAUGGGAAGCCCUGUCAACGUUUCUGGAAAGUAUACUGAGUCGAGUUCUUCAAGCCAAAGAAAGACCGUCGAUAGCUUCUGGUCUACAAUUAUUGCAGUUGUGUCUUUCGUACCAGCCUGUAGAUCCGCUGAUCUUGUCCACUUUGUUGACGUGCAUUUCUGCCCUUUUCGUGUUUCUCAGUAUGUCCACUGGGCAAAUGGCACCAACAGUUAAUUCAGUUGCUGCAUCGGGGGCUGCUCUUCUGCCACAAGUAUUAGAUAAAAUUUUCUCGACACUUAUGUACUCUCCAGAAGGCCACGAUAGGAGCACUAGAUCUCGUCAAGUGAAAAACGUAAGACGUCACGCAGCUUCCCUGAUGGUAAAAAUAGGAAAUAAGUAUCCGCUUCUUUUAUUACCCGUUUUCGAUCAAAUAAGGGCAACUGUAGAAAAUUUAUCGAGAGCAGAUGGUCCGGCACAGCUGAGUACGAUGGAAAAAGUCACCCUUCAAGAGUCUCUACUGUUAAUAUCAAACCAUUUCGGAGAUUACGAACGCCAGUGUAAUUUCGUCGCUGAAACUCUGAGAGAACCGAACAUUUGCUGGGCCAGCAUUACAAAUUCCGGAGCUUUCAAGAGUGCCCCUAGUUUUAUAUCUUUCAUAGGUUUGGACAAGCCCCCCGUUCAAAAUAUCUUGGACACGUACGGUCUUAACAGGUGCAACAUCAAUUUUUGCAUCAAUAUGUUUUUGGGGGCUGUGAAACGUUGUUCUUGGCCAGACGACCCGGAGAGGGCAACCAGAGGUGGGUUCGUGGUCGGAUUGACGGAAUCCGGAAACCCCAUUUGUCGCAAUCCGGCAACACCUCACAUUAUACCGUUACUGCCAAACAUUCUCUCUCUUAUUAGGAUUUUUAACGAAUUGUUUCUACCAGAAGUGCAAUCGAUCAUUCACAAUGAUUAUAGGGGUUGUUUCUCUAUGUUGGAAACGGAGAAAUCGAAUCUUUUGGGGUUGAUAGGACAAGUUAUAUCCGACAGUAGCGAUAAUACUGUUUCCGGUUCUGGGGAGAGAAUACAGAGAUUUUUGGUAGCGCUGCAAGAAAACUGCUAUCAUAUGAUGGGAUCGAUGGGGCCUUCCUUGGGUAGAGAUCUUUACGGCCUGCCGGAUAUUGGAUUAGCCAUUAUGAACAGCAUUCUGUCUUGUUUACAAUUUAUUCCCGACUAUAGGUUAAGGCCGAUCAUAAGGGUAUUUUUGAAACCCUUCAUACAUUCCUGUCCAGCCCCAUUUUAUGAAAGUGUAAUUUCCCCGAUCAUGGAACACUUAACACCGAUAAUGUUGUCAAAAUUGCAUAUCAAAUGGCAACAAGUCAGCGAACUCCGAAACCCAGAUUCUCAGGAGGAUCAAGAUACUCAAGAAGUGCUGGAAGAUAUUCUAACGAGAGUUCUCACCCGUGAAUACCUGGAUAUUCUCAAAAUAGCUCUAGUCGGCGGUACCUACACUCCGGAGCCGAAUCACGAUACCAUGGAAAUUGAGGAUCUCAGUACUGACUCUCCCACACCUCCUUCGACUAGAUUAAAUAUCACAAAUGAAGUGAUUUCAGAUUUAGGCCUGAUCCUUUUGCGGAAAGAAAAAACUUGCCAAUCCAUUCUGCUGACGGUUCUCGGAGCUUUGUCUUGGAUCGACAGCAACGCAUCGCUGAAGGCUACCUACCUGAUCGGACCGAUAAUAAGGCAGCUAGUGGUUGAUAAUUCUUUGAACGGAGAAAUGGCAGCCCAUGUGAUGGCCGCUGUAUUGAACGCUCUAACUCUGCAUGGUCAACACGAGGCGAAUCAGGGUUCUCUGUUAACUUUGGGUGCUCAGAUGUAUGAGAUGUUGAGACCGUUAUUCCUGGAGGUUUUGGGCAUCAUGCAACAAAUCCCUGGUGUUAGCCCUGUAGAUUUACAGAAAUUAGACGAAAGAAUUUCAGGGACUACUAGCAAAGGCAACAAAAUCGAAAAGGUUAAAAAAGACUUAUUCAGGAAAAUUACCGGUUCUUUAAUUGGUAGAAGUGUAGGGCAGUUAUUCAAGAAAGAAGUUCGAAUACAGGAUUUACCACAGAUGCCUGCAAAGAAGAAAAAGGAACAGGAGGAAGUUAUUGGCGAUUUGAGUCUGCUGAGUUGAACUUUCUGUAAAUGUAUUUAUUUAAUAUAUUGAACAACUUCAUGUUAAAAAAAAAUGACUGUCUGUAUAGGAAAAUUUGUGAGAAUGCAUUUUUUUGUAUAUAUACUUUGUUAAAUUUAUUAUUCAAUUUUGCCCAAUAUAAUUGGAUAAGUCUUUCGAAAAGUGGUAUAUUAUAUUUUCUAUAAUAUA